CUUUGUCCCUCAGGCUGUUCAUCUGGAAAAUGGGAAUAACAGCAGUGCCAGCCUCCCUCGCAAGAGUGCCGUGAGGAUCAAAGUAGAAGACACAGACGUACCAGACAUACUGCACUUAGAACAGUGCCCAGUGGCCUUAGCAAGCGUCACAAAGCUGGAAGGCAGAAAAUAAAUGGCUGGCUCAAAGCAGGUCCAAUUUGCGGGAGGGAAAAAGGGAAGAAGGACCAAAGUGUAUUGAAUAGGAAGACUUCAGAGAGGAGCUGAUGCCAGAACAGGGUUUUGAAGAAUGAAUAAGAGUUUGCCAGUAAGUCCGAAGGUGAAGUCUAGGCAACCUGCUGGGAAGGGAGGGGACUUACUUGAGGUCAGUCCUUCGUUUGUUCACUCCUUUAUUCAGCAAGGCUUCCCCGAGCUGUCUCCUGUGGGGCCGUGGGGUACAGGAGCAGCCGACCCAGCCGAGUGGACCAGGCAGGUCUGGGUGUGGGUGGGGCUGAUUGAUGCAGGCCGAUCAGGACUGCGGUGGGGCUGCCCAUGGUGGGAGGGAUCCGCACCACCCGCUCCCAGCUACUCUCUGGUCUCAAGCACUGUGCCGGCCCCUCAGCCCACCCCAUGUGUCACCCAGGCCAGCAAGCAUCCCGCCUGCAAGGAGGGGAGCAGGCAGACAGUGGCCGAGCCAGGGGUCUGCUCGGGGCCGGAGCCCUGCCCCCGCCCAGCCUGGUGGUGGUGGCGUUUGUACCGUGACCCCGGCAUGGCAGCGGCCGAGGUGCCCGGCUACCUCGUGUCCUCGCAGACGGAGAAGCACCGGCGGGCCCGCAACUGGACGGAUGCGGAGAUGCGCGGCCUCAUGCUCGUCUGGGAGGAGUUCUUCGACGAGCUGAAGCAGACCAAGCGCAACGCCAAGGUCUACGAGAAGAUGGCCAGCAAGCUGCUGGAGAUGACCGGCGAGCGCCGGCUGGGCGAGGAGAUCAAGAUCAAGAUCACCAACAUGACCUUCCAGUACAGGAAAUUAAAAUGCAUGACAGAUAGCGAGUCCGUCCCGCCCGACUGGCCCUAUUACCUAGCCAUUGAUAGGAUUCUGGCCAAGGUCCCCGAGUCCUGUGAUGGCAAACUGCCGGACGGCCAGCAGCCGGGGCCCUCCACGUCCCAGACCGAGGCGUCCCUGUCGCCGUCUGCUAAGUCCACCCCUCUGUACUUACCGUAUAAGCAGUGCUCCUACGAAGGCCGCUUCCAGGACGAUGGCUCCGCCAGCUCCUCCAGCUUACUGUCCCUUAAGUUCAGGUCGGACGAGCGGCCCGUGAAGAAACGCAAGGGACAGGGCGGCCACUUGCAGAGGAAGAAGCUGCGGCUGCUGGAGACGAUGCUGGAGGAGCAGCGCCGGCUCAGCCGCGCCCUGGAGGAGACGUGCCGCGAGGUGCGCCGCGGGCUGGACCAGCACAGCCUCCUGCAGGCGCAGGGCCUGCAGCUGCAGGAGCGCAUGAUGAGCCUGCUCGAGAAGAUCAUCGCCAAGUCCGGGGUCUAGGCCGCCCACCGGCCCCCCGCCGCCGCCGCCUCGGCCUCCAGCGUUAAAGCCCCCCGGGCACGCGGCCGGCCGGGGCCCCGGGCUCACGGCAGGGCAGCUCCCGGGAAGAGCCUCCCGGAAUCUGCUCUCCAGUAUCGUCACUGUCGACGGUACUCGGAACGGCUUUUGAUGUUAAACGUGUCAUUUUCAUCACUGCCUGGAAGCGGAGGUCACGGUGCAGCCCUGGAGGGAGGCGCAGGCGGUCCCUCCCAAGACGAAGCGGGUGGACGCAGCGCGGGGGCAGGUGUGUCCCCCUCCCUGGGUCUGCUGCGUCGGCCCCGAGAGCCUCGAACACCUGGGCCAACCCCAGAGGCCCGCACCGCCUUCAGCGGCCUUUUCAUCUGUCCCCCCGGGACAUCGGGCGUCCCGACAGCGCUAAUAACAGCGGUGACCCUGCCUGCUGGGGACACCCUGUCCUGUUCCAUCGUCUCUGCCCAGGGAUGCGGCGGGGAUGAGACGAGGCCGAGCCUCGGGGAACUGACACUCGGGGGGCAGGCAGGCGAGUGAGUGGAGAAGCCAGGUAACAGCAGGUUGUGAAAGUGCUGGCAGGGCAGGGCCGGGCUGGCCGUGGGCGCACGUAGCCGGCAGCCAUCCAGGGGCUGCCUCCCCGGGAGGGAGAGGGGCUGGGGGUGGGAGCCUCAGCGCUGCGAGAUCUGCCAGCAGGAAAGCCCUUCCAGAGCCCCCCCGCCCCCCAGUUCCUCCUGAGUCUCAUCUGGGCCCAGGUGGCUGAAAGAAGGCACCACAGGAGAGCCGGGGGUUACGUCUUGUUCAGGGCCUCCCUGGGGACGUAGCCUGGAACGCUGCCACUCCGUAGCUCUGAGGACGCUCUUCCAAAAACGUGGGGAGAAAGAAGCCUCUUGAUAUGUGACUUUUGGUAGGAGAUAUGGCAGUCAGGUCCCAGUGAAAGGUCACAGCUAGUCACAAAGAACAGACGUCUCAGUUAAUGGCUGUAGCGCUUUUCUCUGUAUGGGAAGAACCGGAUUCAUUAAAACUUGCUGAGAUACA